GGAGGAACACGUUUUGACGCCCCUACCAUAUAAUGUGUAACUGCCGGGCAAACACCACUGGGCCGUCGCCCUCCUUCUCUUGGUGUGCUACUUUCCUUCUCCUGCAAACAAAGCAACUUUCAUUUAACUAUACCCGAACUCUCUCUAUCUUUUUCUCAAGACUAUGGAGAAACAAUUCAUCAAAUACUUUGUGGUGGACGCAUUCACCAAUUCAGCUUUCAAGGGGAACCCAGCAGCUGUUUGUUUAUUAGAAGACGAGAGAGAUGAUAAAUGGUUGCAAUCUGUAGCUGCUGAGUUCAAUAUCUCUGAGACCUGCUAUUUGACCCGGAUCUCUCAUCACUCUGAUACUGUUCCUUCUAAUCCCAGGUUCCGCCUGAGGUGGUUUACUCCUGUUGCUGAGGUUAAACUUUGUGGCCAUGCAACACUAGCAGCUUCACAUACCAUCUUUUCUAAUGGUUUGGUAAAUUCUGACAUUAUUGAGUUUGACACCUUAUCUGGUAUUCUAACAGCUAAGAAGGUUUCUGAAAUCAGUAAAACUGAUGUCUCAAGUAUUCAAAAUGGGGAAGCAAACGAGUUGUUCCUCAUUGAAUUAAAUUUCCCUACCGUCCUAAGUACUGAAUUCAACUCUGUUGAUCUUGCACCAAUCUCUAAAGCCCUGAAUGGUGCUUCCAUAAUAGAUAUCAGGAGGACUACUACUGCGGAUGACCUUUUUGUUGUGCUGCCAUCUGCUAAAGCUGUCAGUGAAUUACAGCCACAGUUUGAUGACAUUUUAAAAUGUCCUGGAAGGGGAAUAAUUGUUUCAGGAGUUGCUCCGCCAGAGUCUGGAUUCGAUUUUUAUAGUCGAUUCUUCUGUCCCAAAUAUGGAAUUAAUGAGGAUCCUGUUUGUGGGAGUGCACAUUGUGCUUUAGCCCCUUACUGGGGCAAAAAGCUGGGGAAGUGUGAUUUUAUGGCAUAUCAGGCAUCGCCAAGAAGUGGAAUACUAGACAUUCAUUUGGAUGAGCAGAACCAGAGAGUCCUGCUGCGCGGGAAAGCUGUUACUGUUAUGGAAGGCUCUCUUUUGGUUUAGAUUUUGGAGCUAUUUAGACUUGGCAUGUAUGACUAUAUUGAAAUUGGGGAAACUAUAUAUUUAAUUGAAAAUCAUUAUGAAUCUUUAUAGAAUUAUUCUAUUUGAAAGCUUA